CCAGAACCAACCGAUUUAUCAAUGGAGGAGGAGACUGACACCCCCAAGAUCAGCUUUCUACGUGACCACAACUAUGCCACUGAAGCUGACGUCAUCUCCACGGUGGAGUUUAACCCUUCGGGGGAACUGUUGGCCACAGGGGACAAAGGAGGAAGAGUGGUGGUCUUCCAGAGAGAACAGGAGACUAAAAGCGAGCCCCAGAGGCGAGGGGAGUAUAAUGUGUACAGUACGUUCCAGAGUCAUGAUCCAGAGUUUGACUACCUGAAGAGUCUGGAAGUAGAGGAGAAGAUCAACAAGAUCAGAUGGCUGCCACAGCAGAACGCUGCCUACUUCCUCCUCUCCACCAACGAUAAGACAGUGAAGCUCUGGAAGAUUCGUGAGAGAGAUAGACAACCGGAGGGAUACAACCUGAAGGAUGAAGACGGACGAAUCAGACACCCAUCUACAAUCACCUCACUACGGGUGCCUGUCCUCCAGAACUCAGAUCUGAUGGUUGAGUCAACAGCGCGGCGUGUGUUCAGUAACGCCCACACCUACCACAUCAACUCCAUCUCCGUGAACUCCGACUUCCAGACCUACAUCUCCACGGAUGACCUCAGGGUCAACCUGUGGAACCUGGAGAUCACCGACCAGAGCUUCAACAUUGUGGACAUUAAGCCGUGUAACAUGGAGGAUCUGACGGAGGUGAUUACAGCAGCAGAGUUUCAUCCUCAGCAGUGUAACACCUUGGCUUACAGCAGCAGUAGAGGGUCAGUACGACUCUGUGACAUGAGGAAACAGGCGCUCUGCGACACACACUGCAAGUUCUUUGAGGAGCCAGAGGACCCCUCCACUCGUUCAUUUUUCUCAGAGAUCAUCUCUUCCAUCUCAGACAUCAAGUUUAGUCACAGCGGGCGCUUCUUGAUGACACGGGACUACCUGACGGUCAAGGUGUGGGACCUCAACAUGGAGACCAGACCGGUCCAGGUAUACCAGGUCCAUGACUACCUGAGGGGUAAGCUGUGUUCUCUGUACGAGAACGACUGCAUCUUCGACAAGUUUGAGUGUGUCUGGAACGGGUCAGACAGUGUCAUUAUGACGGGGUCAUAUAAUAAUUUCUUCCGAAUGUUUGAUCGGAGCACCAAGAAAGAUGUGACUCUGGAGGCUUCCAGAGAGAACAGCAAACCCCGGGCCAUCCUCAAACCACGCAAGGUGUGUGUUGGAGGGAAGCGUCGUAAAGACGAGGUGACUGUUGACAGUCUGGACUUCAGUAAGAAAAUCCUCCACUCCACCUGGCACCCACAGGAAAACAUAAUCGCCGUGGCAGCCAGUAACAACCUUUACAUCUUCCAGGACAAGGUCACCUAGGGGUCAGCUUACUUCUGACCUCUAACCCCUGACCCCACGCAGGGGAAGAGAUGGAGGGAGAGACUGAGAGGAUG